AUUACUUUUAUCAUUAAAUAUGUAUGGAUUGUAAUAUUCAUGUCCACAUUCGUUGAUAAUGCGUACUAUACUUUCUAUUAUAUUGGCCUUCUAGUGAUCAGCUGUGAGCCAGAUACUCGCCAUAUUGUUCAUCCGGCUGUUGGGAGUCUAACAACUGCUAGUGAAAGUAUCAAAAUGCAGGGAAUUACAGCUGCUAGUUUGAAAAGGCAUCCUGCUUUGAUCCCACUGUAUGUAUGUGUGGGUGCUGGUGUAGUGGGUGCUGCCUUCUAUACACUCCGCUUAGCUACCAGAAACCCAGAUGUAACAUGGAACCGCGUCACCAACCCAGAACCCCAGCAGGAAUAUGCUGAGAAGCAGUACAAAUUCUACUCGCCAGUUCGGGAUUAUGCAACCUACAGGGCACCAGUUCCCAAGUUCUCCGAGUAAAUAUAUUUGAAAGUACAGUAUACUAUCGAUGUCUAGAAACUAAAAAUUUUACGGUAUUAUGUGAGGUUAGACAAAAAUGUCUUAAAUACUUAUUUCAUGAAACUAUUACCAAAGGGACUUGAUAGUUACUGGGGAGCAUUUUCCAUCUUAUAAAGUUCAUGUACUGUUGUGACAUUUAGGACAAUAAUUAAGUUCAAAUAUUACUGCAAUGUGAACAGACAAUAAUUAGCUAUAAGUAAAUAUGCUUUGAAGUAUCAAUAGCAAUGUUCUUUUUCCAGACCUAUGGAGUAUUUUUGAUUCUUGUAACUUCAGUUUUCUUAGGCACCUGAAGUUGCAGGUUUUAGUAUUCUCCUAUGUACAGUUAUGGUGUAUAAAAAUCUUGAAAAAUAAAAAUAUCCUCUAA